UGACAUCUUCAUUGCCGGCCGUGUGCUAUUCUGCCCGUUAAUUUUUCUCUUUUUGCGACUGAGUGGAGCCUUGAGCUUUUAGUGCUUUGGCUCAUUCAACCCGCCUGCCUUGGCCUCAUUGACGUGUCAACGUAUUCUCCUUCGUACUUUAUCUCUAUAGUUGAAUGCGAUAAUCAAAAGGGACGGUUCCGCAGCGGCUACACAGACAAAAACAAACAUGGCAUCAGGUCGUCAGAUCCUUGUGGUGGUGUUUCUUGUAUUUGGCAUUUUUCUUUACGGAAUUUUCAUCGGCUUGCCAGAAGAAGGGCAGACGACCGUUGGAUCGCCCAAAGGGAAGGAGGGCAUAACCUCAAGUGGGGACUACGACCUGCCGUCCUCAGCCGACGUCAAAACUCCUUGGCGCUCGUUCAACUACAAGCAGCUCAACGUGCCCGCGAGCAUCAGCAGUGGGGCCAAUCAAGUCAAGCCGUCGGAGGCGACUGUCGUCGUUGAUGGCCUCACGGUGUUCUAUCGAGAAGUGAAUCCCCAGGGAGCGCAUACGAACAUUUCUGUGCUGCUGCUGCAUGGGGCAGCCUUCAAAUCUGAAACUUGGUACAAUCUUGGAACCUUGGGCAAUCUGAGUUUGAUGGGCUACCGAGUCGUGGCCAUAGACAUGCCUGGUUUUGGCAACUCUCCGGCUGGCACAAUCACUGACAAGGCAGCGUUCGUGCAGCACCUGUUGGCUGCCCUUCACCUUAACAACCCGGUGAUUGUGAGCCCAAGCCUGAGUGGUCAACUGAGCCUGCCGUUCCUGGUCAAGCAUUGGCAGCAGAUGGCUGGAUACGUUCCGGUGGCCCCUGUCGGUUGGAAUGUACUGGAGCAGGUGCAGUGCGACACUGGUGAUGCCCCGGUGGACGUGUCCCAAGUGUACCCGCCGCUCCAAGUCCACCUGCCCAAGCAGGUUCCCAAUCUGAGCAGCAUCAAGGUGCCCACGAUGGUGGUGUUCGGAGAGCACGACCGGAGCACGAGCUCGGCGCUGCUCAACCUCCUGCCCAACAGCGUGGCCGUCGAAGUGCCCCAUGGCAGGCACCCGGCCUAUCUGGACAACCCCAUCCUCUGGCAUCAGGCGCUGUACAACUUUCUGCUGCGUUUGCGCUACGGACUGCAGCAGCAGCAGCAAGCCACCAAGGGCAGCUCAUGAGCCGGUGCCCCUCGAAAGCCCCAUUGGCUCUCGGUUGUUUCCUUUUCUUUUCUGGCCCUUGCGUAGUCCCUGGAGUUGGAACAUUCUUUGAAGUCAUUCGAUUCUAAAGUAAAGAUAUGGGUGUGCUACCAGUGGCCUGCUCGUUUAUGGGGGCACCGAAUGCAGUCUAACCUUGUUUUAGGGAAGUCACGUCUGACACAAAAGUGGCCUCAUUAUAUGCGACGUUUGUUACAGAUACAUACUUAUUACAGUGUAGUAAUGAUGAGGUAAAUCUUUCGUUUACUUUUGUUAUAUCUGGUGUUAUACCGUGCUCAUUAUAUCAAGGUUUGACCAUAGAAACAUUUAAGCAGCGUAAAAUGGUUGAUUAUAGUUCCAAAUUUUGGCCUAAUGUCACCGCAGAGAACAAGGGCGAAACAUUCCUUUCCCUAAUUGUACACUCGCACUGUCUUUGCCAAUCGGAUGGGACCAGUGCCUUUGUUUCCGCGACGCUUCCUCCAGAUAUUUCGUAAAAGUUUUCAUGCAGAAAGCGUCACCCAAAUUUGCUGGUGUUCAUUUGUUGGUUUGGUGUCUUCGGAGCAUUAACUGGCUGGUUGCUGUCUAGCGGAAUCUACGACAUUUGGGAAACUGGAUUUGGUGGGACACUUCCAGGGUGGCAUCAUGCAGCUGUGUUUUCUUUUUUUGCUCUUGUUCUGAUGACAUGCUUGAAAGUUUGGAAACUGCAAUAUAUCGACUUGAUAUAACCAAAUAUUUCUCCAUCCCUUUAAGAGCUCUGUUGGAGAGCAGCGUCGGACUUUUCACAUCGCCACCAGUAUUUUCAAAUUGGUCCCUGCCACCCGAAAAGUCACGAGGCUGUUUGAUUUGUUUAACGUUGUUCCCGCAUUACAAGAUCUUCAUUUGUGCUGGCACAGAAGCACCAGUGCUCCUAAGUGAGCGCAUUUUUAUUUGACAAUAUGUGGCGUGUACUGCAAUAGGGGGGUGGGGUUGACAAAAUGUUUGACUAUGCUGGCCUUGUGAAAAACUUGACGCUGGACUCACUCGUGCCAGUUGUCUUUGUCACAUUUUGAACGACGUUGCCCACAUUAAGCUUCAUUCCUCAUCUCUUGAAUGAUGUUCAGUUUGAAGGACAUUCAUCGUUUGCUGAAACGCUGUUUGCAGUUCUUGUCCGUGUGCCGAAUUGCUUUGUGUGCACUGCGUGUCAUAUUAUUUCUUCUUGACACUGAAGUAGUUGUGCUUUUUGUCUAAUGUUGUAAUAGGUUAAGAAACUGUUAUUCUUUCGUUUGUUUGUACUAGCGAGGUGACUAGGGCUUGAAUUUCAAUGGCCCCAACGAAAUGUGUUGUUACAAAAGGUAUCAUUGUUUUCAGUAGCCUCUCAAAAGUCUGGAGAGUUGUUCGACAUAGCCCAAUAACAUAAAGUUGCUUUACACGUGCACACACCUAACAUUUAUUUACACAUGCCACACACCAAUGAUGUACUUAUGCAAACACAUUGUAGACACAUGUUGCUUGUACGUUGAUGUUGUUACACGCAGUAUUCUUGAAAGAAGCACAUCACAAAGCGCACUGACCAUUAUUUUAUUUACCAGUCUCACUGGUUUCAUUCUUUGGGAAGGUAACAAGUUGACAAAGCCUUUUCACGUUAUAAGAAAAGUAGUUUAGGACAAAGGAGCUUUAUGAGUGUUGUCAUUUUCUUUGUAGAAAAUUCCACUCGGGAAGGCAUUAAAAUUGAUUCUACUUUGAAAGGCAAUCUAGGGUAUGUUUAAACUAUAUGUCAAGCCUUAGCAGCCACUCAAGAUAGCAGUGAGUGCAUACUAUGUCUCACUUGCCUUGCUUUGAUCUUAGGCAUUAGAGACAUACAGAGGCUUCAUGAAGCAAAAUAGGCAAGGAGCAUGGUUAUCACAGUUUUUUUACUGUUUGGCUGGUGAGAUAGCUACCUGAGUUUACUGACUAUAUUAUUCCAGUUGUAUAAUGCAGCUCAUUGUUGUGAGAACGAGAACAUUUUCUGGAUUUCACGACGUACAUAGUUGCGCGCAUUACACGUCGACAUACACACAAUGUUUGCUUUCACCUCUCAUCACUGCCCCAUGUUUUGCAAUGUUAACGCCGUGUGCAAAGGAAUGCAUUCAGGCACAACUGAAAAGAGAAAAAACAUUGUUCCUACGUUUCUGUGUAUGACUGCACCGUGACUUGUGGUCGCUUUGGUUUGCAGUAAAAUUUCCUUUUUUGUGUGCGCGUUUGUGCCGUAGCGAGUGAGACGGCCACAUUGUUUUCAGUAUUGAGACACGGGUAAAGAAAAGGCAGCCAUACGAUAUUUCAGCCAAGUGUUUUGUAAUAUAAUUUACUUUCAGGGCAUCAUUUAUGUAUUUUUUAAUCCAACCGAGGUUGGUGUUUUGAAACUGCAAACCUUGUGGUAGCUGUUCUUUAAUGCAGAAUCGAGCACAGAGUUCACCAACCCGCCCUGGAUUGUUGCAAUAAGUGUGCGUUACACAUUAUAACCAGGCACUUUGAACACUGGUCUCGCAGGUUAGAGUGUUUGUAUGCUAGUCCAAUCAAUCGUCACACUCAAAUCAUUGUUUGGCGACUGCAACUCUCCCGUAAUUCUCCUUAUAUUUGCAAGGUGUUCCGCAAAUGUUAAAUGUGAUAUUUUCAUAUCAAACAGACUGUACGAAUAUCUUUGUUUCUACGAGCACCGUUGUCAAAGCGAAAGCCGGCGAAUUUGUUGCGCACAGUCUAAGGCAAUGUUAGGUAUUUGCAGUGAGAAAUUGCAGAGGCCAUUUUUUAUUUUUCCUCCUAUAAAAAGAUGUUAUUUUUUUAUACACUUGGUGCCUACAAUGGCCCACAUGUACAAAGAACCGAUUCCAGAGUUGUUUUUUGUUGCCUUGUCAAAGUGGUCAGUUUUGGCGUUAUUUUUGUAUUGUCUCUGUGUUGCAAAUAAAAGUUUGAACUUACAU